ACAAAUGGUAUUGCCAAUAGUAUCACAUUGAGUUGCUAUCUUUUCUUCUGAAGAUGCCAAAGCACUGCCGUAUCUGUGACCUUUUUCCAUACUUUUUCAGUGGGUUUGGUAGUUUAACACCUCUUUACCACAAUGUUAUUUCUUUUUAGUGAUAGGGGAACUGAGGGAGUAAUAGACUUGUCAGCAAUCACAAAACGAGAUUAUAGCAAAACUGGAGCUUACCCUUGAUCUGUCCAACUAGGAAAUGUAGUUUAAAAAAAACUUUAUCCUGACUGGCCACAUAUAAUACUUAAAAAGAAAAGUAAAGAAGAAAUAUAGUCAUUAAUGGAUUUCAUUUGGAUUUUCUGUUGCCCUACAUUGCAGCAUUUAAACUAGCUUGUAAAACCACAGAGCUAAUAUCUUACAUUCUAAGUUAAAUUCCAUAAAAUAUAAUACAGAUCUUAAUAGGACAUUAUGUUUAUUUCAGUUCGAAAUGCACCCUUUACUUUUACCAAAUUGCUAUAUUUUGCUUGAACAUCAAAGGUCUUUGGAAGUCAAGGAAAUCUUCAUUAAAAAAAAAAAAAAGACAACAUUGUUUCAUAGUAUAUUAAACUCAAAAAGAGUAUUUAAUAGAAGUUUCCUUAAAAACACCUCAUUAUCAAGUAAGCAUUUGUGCAUCUCAGUCAAAUUAUAUUUUUCUUUAUAAAAGCAUUUAUGGAAUUUUAUUAGCCUUAGUUCUUUCUCAUUACAUUUUUUUUUUCCUUUUUGGGCAAUACCAUACAAUGGUCUCACUGAAAGGGUUUAUUAUGAUAUUGUUCCAGAAAUGGAACCCUAGGAAAAUCAUAGUAAUAAAUCAAGUACUACUUAUUUAGACAACUGAUAUUUAUUUCUAGCCAAUGCUUUGUGGAACCUGAAAACUAUUUCCCCAUUUUGCAUUUUUCUAUUAGGUUGGUGGAAAAGUAAUUGCGGUUUUUGCCAUCAUGUAAGUGGCAAAAACCACAAUUACUUUUGCACCAAACUAGUAACAAUUUGGUAAUAAAAACACAGAAAAUAAGCACAAGCUAUUUCUAAACUCCAGAAAAAAUUGUUGACUGGGAUAUAGGUAGUCCAAUUCUUAAUACACAACACAGGGAAUGUUCAAUAAAUGUCACUGUCUAACUGAUAGUAUUAAUGCUAAAGGGUUACUUCUCUUUGCCUAGGCCGUUGCUUAAUUUCUAUGGAAAGUAUUUUCUUUACCCAUAAUGUUUAAUGUGUCAUUAUUAUUUUAAAUAUAAUAUACCUUCAUUGAAAAAAAAAGUCAGGUUUUCUUGAGUAUCUAGAGUUUACAUUCCAGGAUUUUCUAUGAAAUAAUUCACCAUCUGGUACUGAUAUGGUUAGAUAAUAACCUAGGAAAAUUUGGGGGUAUGAUGUUUACAGAGGAUGAAAAGAUCUUGCUACAGCAGUUUUUAAUUUUCCUCAGUAGAAACUGUCCUUAGUUUUUAACUGCUUUUAUUCCCCUGCAUUAUGUUUUCUAAAUGUAUCUCCCAUGCAUCACUGCAAUUUGAAAUAUUUGAAAAAAGUACCAGGUACAGAAGAAACAGUCGAGUUGGGGACUCUAAGAGCAGUGAUAGAGGAUUCCCACAGCCUCUAGUAUGGUCUCGGUGCAGGCAUGCAGCCUGGUAAUUGCAUUAAGACUCCUAGUCUUGAGGUUUAGGACUCCAAGGAUCUCUUUAUUCCAGUGAGUUAGGCUACCAUGUUACUUACUAACAACUCUCUAUACAGGGAGCAUAUGUACUUGCAUAUACAUCCUGCUUUCUAUCAUUUAAAUUACUUAUUUAAAGGCUUUCAAUUCUUUGUGGACCAACUUUUGAAUUACAUACCUUUUUGUUUAGAUAUAGCUGUGCCACUUUUUGUCCUUUACAUUGAUUUCCAACUUACUUGCAAAAAUCAGAAUUCUUAUUUCUUCAUAGCAGUUUGAUGUAAUAAAUUCUGUACAUUUUUUUAAGGGCAAAUGUAUAAAAGUAGCUAGGGCUUUUAAACUUUUGGAAAACAAUAUUUUCAAGAGAACUAUUAAACACAAACCCAAAUCCUUAACCAUCUAAAUGACACUUUCAAAAGUUAUAAAUCAUAUGCGUUUCCUAAGAUGUCUUUUAACAUCCUUAGCCCCCUCCUUACCAGAAAUUUAGUCCACUUCUGGAUCUCUUCUAAAUUAUCUUUAUCUUUCCUUUCAUCUCUUAAUAUAUCACUUUAAGGAGAAAUGGUCUUACAGAUUACUUUAAGAUUUUUCCUUUAAAUAUACGAUUUAAGAGUAUCAUAACGAGUAAUCAAGAAGUUUAUAUGAUAAGAUAAUGUAAAGAGAUGAGCAGGCAUAUAAUACUCAUUUUUCCAAAAGCACCACCAUCAACACUACCCAUUAUAACCACCUUAAACAAUCUGGUAAAUCAAUCCAAAAUUAAAUUAAGCUCUUAUAAAUUCAUAUUGGGUUUAACCAUUUGAUCUAACUUAUUCAUGGAAAACUGCCUCUAUCAAUUACUGAAAUUACAGACUUAGAAAUGAAACAUUCCAUUAGCUAUCUCUGCCACAAUAGUAUAACGUUACAUUUUGUUCCAUUACUUUUGCCCACCCCCUUAAGAAAUAGGGAUUUUAUGUGGUCUUAUUUCACAUUCUGACUCCAGUCACUUGGGUUUGGAGGGCAUGGUUUCCACUAAAGUUAAAAGACCGAGCUCUAUAAAUUACAACUAAAGACCUAAAAAAUUCUCUGCAAAUUUAAUUCUCAAAACAUCUUUUGGGAUAAAAAGUAUUUCUAUUCUUCAAAGAUUAGAGAACCGAGUUCAACGAUUUACUGAUUUAUCAUUACGUGAUUGUUAACGCUGCAGUAGAUAUGAAAUCACGAUUUCCAUUAAGACUUAGAUUUUACCUAAAUGACGACUGCUUUAGUAUGUCAAAGUUUAGGAGCCCAUCCCCAUUUUUUUUUAACUGCUUAAAAGAAUGGCCUUAGUAUGCCAAAGUUUAAGAGCCCAUCCCCAUUUUUUUUUUAACUGCUUAAAAGAAUGGCCUUACCAUUUUCUUUGGCCAGGAACUAACUACAAGAUGAUAAAUUUGCCAGUACUUUCUUUUCAUAGUUGUUCUUUGUACUGGAACAGGAAAGGGUGCUUUAUCACUCGUUAUGGUUGUUCAUGGCCCAAUCCAAAUCAUAUAAUACCCUGGCUGCUACUAACAGUUUUAGAAUAAACAAAAAGAAGAACUAUAAUGCAGUAGGUUCUACAUUUAUAAAGCCCAUGAGCUGAUUUCGUGCCGAAAGUAAAACAGUCUGAAGAGUUUAAAUGAAUCCUGGAAUCACAGCAAAUUCAGGAAAUUUAGGAAUAUGUUGGUAACCCUUAAGCUUUUUAAAAACUGACUUCACCCUGGGCAAGUAACCAUUCCCUGAUGCCGUUGUUGGAGACAGAAUUUCUGGCAGGAAGAUAAUUUUCUGACUCAAUCUGGCUUGCUGUUCUUGUUUAAUCAUCCCCAUUUCUCUGAACAUUUUACUCCUCUGACUACAAUGGUCAACAUUUAUUUUCAGAAGUUUUAAAGUGAUUUAGUUCUUCCAGCCGCACCUCUUUUUAUCCCAUCUAAGUCUUCCCCAGCCCCCAUUCCUAUCGCCCUCGUUUCACUAAGAUUUUGCUAAACAUUAGACACAAGCACAUGACCUCCAGUCUUCCAAUGUCUCGGAACAAACCGACAUAAAAACAUCUGAUUAGUUCCAUUGUAAGCUUCCCUAGGCUUAGAAUUUAAAAUGGUUUUUAGCUCGUCAAUUCUUAAAGAACCUUCAACACAAAAUUUAAAUUUAAAAAAUUUUAAAUAAAGAAACCGCUCCCUUUUUUAACCUUUAGCCCCGCCCAUUGCCCCCCACCCCAGGUUCCACGCGAAACUGCAGGAAACCGGAGGGGGGGGGGGGGGGCGGGCGGAGCGGUGACGUCACGACGCAGGUGCGUCACGGAACGGCGGCGCCUGCGGCGCUGGCGGUGGCUGCGGCAGCGGCGGCAUUUUAGUCAGCAGCGGCGGCGGCAGCGGGGCUGCUGCUCCUCCCAGCAUCCCUGGCGCGGCCAUUUCAGCCCCAUCUUGGCCCAGCGGAGGGAGCUGCAGCCGCCGCUUCAGCAGUUUGAAUUUCAGUUUGUUCGGGGUUUAGGAAUUGGGCGCACCGAGGAGGAGCCGAAGAAGCCACCACCGCUACCUCACACAGCCGGGGCGCCUCCAGUCCCGUGCCAGCGGUCUGCCGCCGCCGCCCCUCUCUGAGAGAAGCCGCGAGGGGAGGCCGAGACCGCCGUCGCCGCCCGCCCGCAGGGGUGGUUCCCCCUGUAAGGGGAGGACCGAGCCGGCUUUCCCCUCCCCCAGAGCGGGUUUCCGCCUGAGACAGUCGACAUGUCCCUGGGGCUGAGCUCCGGCUAGAGCCGGGGAGGGAGGGCCGCCUGCCCGCGCCACAGCCCCACCGCCCGCCCGCGGACCUUCAGCCAGCCCCGGCCCGCGGCUCCCGGCUGAAUCAGGCAUCUCCGACUCCCAACUCGCCGCUCCUUCCCUCAGUCAGAGAGCCCAGCGCUGACGCCGGCACCGGCCUGAGGAGCCCGAGCGGGGCAGCACCGCCCCUCACGCCGCCGCCGCCACCGCCUCCUCCUCCUCCUCUUCGCCCUCCCACUCCCACCCCCAGCCAAGGCCUGCUGACCGCGCCGAGCGCCGAGCUGGACUGACCACGGCUGCCCGGAGACGGGAGAGGAAGCAGCCGGCCGUACCCUGGGUUCGCGCUCUCGCCGCCUCUGAGAGAAUUGAAUUGAGGCGCCGCGGCUGCGGGAGUUGAAAAGGAAGGAGGAGCCGCCGCGGGACUGAGACGGGGGCAGAGCCGAAGAGACCGACACAGAGAAGGAAACGAGGAGGAGGAUGUCUCACCGGGCGGCCAGCGCCUGGAUCAGCCCGUGACUCUUAACAGCGGCGGGCCUCAGACCCCAGCGCAGACUCGGACUUUGUCUUUGGGGGCCCGUGCUCUGCCCUCCCCGGUUUCCGACAGGACCCAGAGGAGCCGGCGUGCCUCUCUGCCCUCCAGCCUUCUUCACCAUGUCCAAGAUGCCGGCCAAGAAGAAGAGCUGCUUCCAGAUCACCAGUGUCACCACGGCCCAGGUGGCCACUAGCAUCACCGAGGACACCGAGAGCUUGGACGACCCGGACGAGUCACGCACAGAGGACGUCUCCUCCGAGAUUUUCGACGUCUCUCGGGCCACGGAUUAUGGCCCUGAGGAGGUCUGCGAGCGCAGCUCUUCCGAAGAGACGCUUAACAAUGUUGGGGAUGCGGAGACUCCCGGGACCGUCUCCCCAAACCUCCUCCUGGAUGGGCAGCUGGCAGCGGCGGCUGCUGCUCCCGCCAACGGAGGAGGAGUCGUUUCGGCCCGGAGCGUGUCUGGGGCUCUCGCCAGUACCCUGGCGGAGGCCGCCACUUCGGCCCCCGCCCCCGGAGCACCCGGCGGCCCCCAGCUCGCGGGCUCAUCGGCCGGGCCGGUGACUGCAGCCCCAUCUCAGCCUCCCACCACAUGUAGUUCCCGUUUUCGCGUGAUCAAGCUGGACCACGGGAGCGGAGAGCCCUAUCGACGCGGCCGAUGGACGUGUAUGGAAUACUAUGAGCGGGAUUCAGACAGCAGCGUCCUGACUAGAUCCGGGGAUUGCAUUAGACACAGCAGUACUUUUGACCAGACUGCGGAGCGGGACAGCGGCCUGGGCGCCACCGGAGGGUCGGUGGUGGUAGUAGUGGCCUCCAUGCAGGGGGCGCACGGGCCCGAGUCGGGAACUGACAGCUCCUUGACUGCUGUGUCACAGCUACCCCCGUCGGAGAAAAUGAGCCAGCCCACUCCCGCCCAGCCGCAGAGUUUUAGCGUUGGGCAGCCACAGCCGCCGCCGCCGCCACCCGUAGGUGGGGCUGUGGCUCAAAGCUCGGCUCCGCUGCCGCCGUUCCCGGGAGCCGCGACCGGGCCGCAGUCAAUGAUGGCAGCCACGCAGCCCAGCCAGCCCCAGGGAACGGGGCCCGGGGGACAGACUCUGCCGCCGACGAAUGUAACCCUGGCGCAGCCGGCUAUGUCCCUGCCUCCGCAGCCGGGCCCUGCAGUCGGCGCCUCUGCGGCGCAGCAGCCCCAGCAGUUCGCGUAUCCUCAGCCUCAGAUACCGCCCGGACAUUUGCUGCCCGUCCAGCCCUCCGGCCAGAGUGAGUACCUACAGCAGCACGUGGCCGGCCUGCAGCCGCCAAGCCCCGCGCAGCCCUCGUCCACCGGCGCCGCAGCGAGCCCCGCCACGGCGGCCAGCCUUCCCGUGGGCACCGGCCAGAAAGCUUCCUUGGUGGGCGCGCAGCUCAUGGGCGCGUCUUCCCAGCCCAGCGAAGCCAUGGUCCCCCGGACGGGACCAGCGCAAGGCGGGCAGGCCGCGCCUUGUCAGCCGACUGGAGUGCCCCCGGCUACUGUGGGAGGCGUGGUGCAGCCGUGCCUGGGUCCUGCCGGGGCUGGGCAGCCCCAGUCCGUGCCUCCGCCGCAGAUGGGUGGCAGUGGUCCGCUGUCAGCCGUACCUGGUGGCCCUCAUGCCGUGGUGCCCGGAGUUCCAAACGUGCCUGCAGCCGUGCCCGCUCCAAGCGUGCCUAGUGUGUCUACCACUUCUGUUACUAUGCCAAAUGUACCCGCGCCUCUGGCCCAGUCGCAACAGCUGAGCAGCCAUACGCCAAUCAGCAGGAGCAGCAGCAUAAUCCAGCACGUUGGGCUGCCCUUAGCGCCAGGCACACACAGUGCACCAACAAGUCUACCACAGUCUGACCUAAGCCAGUUUCAGACUCAGACCCAGCCUUUAGUCGGGCAAGUCGACGAUACUAGAAGAAAAUCAGAACCCCUACCUCAACCACCACUUUCUCUCAUUGCUGAAAAUAAGCCUGUUGUGAAGCCGCCUGUUGCAGAUUCCCUGGCAAACCCCCUUCAGUUAACACCUAUGAACAGUCUGGCCACCUCUGUAUUCAGCAUAGCUAUUCCUGUUGAUGGUGAUGAAGACAGGAAUCCUUCAACUGCUUUCUACCAAGCGUUCCAUUUGAACACGUUACAGGAAUCAAAGAGCCUCUGGGAUAGCUACCUGAAACUUUUAAGGUAUCAGAAAUGAGGCAAGUUGCAUAUCUUUGGUUUCUCAUGGGUUGAAAAUACUUAUUUUCUCUCCUCCUUGGAGCCUGUUGUUCAGAGCCAAAGAAGUUAGUGGAUAUUUGUCUGUAGUGUGUUAGUGCCAAAAUGUAAUAAAAUCAAAAUAUAAUCAGAUCAGCCAUUCUUCACUGUAAAUUAGUCUUGUUGGUACUAAGGUGACAAGCCCAACCCAAUGGAAACUGACUCUAGUGGCUUUCUUUUAACUUUUCAACUAGCUUAUUAAAUUUUCCAUUGAGAGGAGCAAUUAUGGCUAACUUUAUUAGUUUUAAUAAUCUACACUUUCAGUUGGCAGCUAUCUACAGAAUUACUGAUAGGUAUAUCAGCUAAUAAAGUAUCGUGAGACCGUUUAUUCCAAACGGAUUGAAGAUUUGUAUGUGUUAAGCUUUAAAAAAUGUUAAAUAUAACUUCUGACCUUGUUUGUUUUGGACAUCACCAAAUCACAUUGUUCAUUUUUACUAUUAUAAAUUUAGGAUUAUUUUUUAUUUUACUACUAAUUUGGCAAAUAGGUAUUUGGCAGGGGUGAUUCUCCUAUUAAAGAGAGACGUUGACUGGGCGCAGUGGCUCACACCUGUAAUCCCAGCACUUUGGGAGGCUGAGGCAAGUGGAUCACCUGAGGUCAGAAGUUCGAGACCAGCCUGGUCAACAUGGUGAAACCCCAUCUCUACUAAAAAUACAAAAAUUAGCUGGGUAUGGUGGCACGCGCCUGUAAUCCCAGCUACUCGGGAGGCCAAGGCAGAGAAUUGCCUAAACCUGGGAAGCGGAGGUUGCAGUGAGCUGAGAUUGCACCAUGGCACUCCAACCUGGGUGCCAAGCGAAACUCCGUCUCAAAAAGAAAAAGAUGUUUGGAAAGUUAAGGGACUGCAAGUCCCUAACGUUAUCUUCUACAUUAUCUUUUAUUUUGAGGCAUAAAUUUGUCUCGCUAUUGCUAGAUAACAAAUUUUAGGCUCCUAUUUAUGAAAUGUUGGAAAUCAUUUUCAGUAGGGGCAGCUUUUAAGUGCCCAUUUUCAGUAGACCUACUCUAAAUAGCUGAAUAUCCCUAGUUUGAUUUUGCCUAACUAGAAAGACAAGAAUCUCCUUUUUUCCCCAGGAAUCUUUCAGUUUAGCAGAAUAUCUUUUAAUCAAAAUGUAAGUAACUAAUAUACCUUUCUCAUAUUGACUUAAAGUUCUCUAAUGGCCCCUUUGUUUCCUUCCAUAUUUAAAUUAGAAUUGGCAAAUUAAUAGACUUUUCACCAAGCAGCCUGCCUCUGCCUAUAUUUAGAUAUUUCUCCUUCCAUUUAUAUCCAGUGCUUUACUCAGUUAUUGUACUAAAAUUGAAGCUACCCUCAAGCCUUCCUUUCCCUUUUUCUGUAGGUGCCAUCAUGGUUUCUGUCUUCUCUGUUUGCCAUUUGCAGAGCCCUCAGGGAAUCAAUCAGCUGAAACCAUCUUCAAAUGUAGGGACAGUAAAUACUGAUAACUCAAAAAUAAUCCAACCCUUUCUUCAGUAGCCCAAACUGUUAUGAGUUGAUUCUUUAUUAAAAUAAAUACUAUAACUUCCAUAGUUAGCUUUCUGGGAGAUUAUCUUACUAUGGAGGAGUUAGUUUUUCCUGAGAUCCUAGCCUAUUGGCAUUUCAGAAUAGUAACUUUAAAAUUUGGCUUCCUAUUUUCUAAAGAACAGUUUUCCAAAGUUAAUACUUGGCAUUGCUUUGUUAAAUUGGCAGAAUUAGUUUAGAAACCUAUCCUGAUGAUCACUGGGGAGCAGCGAGCAGGUUGUCAUUGGGAGUCCUUUGUUUACAAAAGCUCAGCGUAAGGGUUUAUAGCGAACAAUUUUACCCUCUUCUAAAUACCAGGUCUCUAAAGUAAAGGAGUACUAAAGGGAAUAAACUUCAGCAAGACUAAAGGAAGAAAUCAGGUAGCUUGUAAGGCUUUAACCUCAUUGAUAAGCACUUGCAGGGCUUUGUCUUCAUUAAGAAAUGCAUAAAUGUAGUUAAAACAAGUGAGAGAACAGUUGCUAGGUGUACAUCCCCUUGAGUCUGCUUGUCUGUCCUUAUGAUAGCACCAGUAUUUAGAGAGAAGUUAAUAAGGAAAGUAGUAGACAUGGGUUAUUAAUUUAAAAUGAAAGUCUAGUAAGUUUAUCCUAAAUUUUUUUACUAGCUAAUUGAUGAUCUCAAAUUGUUUUCUACAGUGAUUAUUCACUUAUUACCUCUAAUUUUAAAAUUAUUGGAUUAAAAAAAGUCUUCUUAUUUAAACAGCCUCAAGUAUUUUGUGUAGGGAACGCCUUCCAGUAUUUUCUAUCAUUGUUCCCUAUGAGGUGUUUUUUUUGAAGCUAGGAAUAAAUUAGAACUAAGCUGUUUAUGUCAUAAAUACCAUUAGUACCAUAUGAGACAAUUUAUUUUGUUUUGCUCAUCUCUAAGAAUCUUGGGUCCAUCAUUAACAUCCACCAGUACUUGUUACCCAAAUGGUAAAACUCAAGUUGUACAACUUAGCUGAUCUAGUUUUUGAAUGCUUGGUGAUAGGACUUGUAAAAAUUUUUUAUUGAAGUAUAAUUUGUAUCAGAAAAGUGCACCGUUCAUAAAUAUAUAGCUCAAAUUGAACACACCUGUGUAGCCAGCACCCAGAUCAAUACAUAGAAUAUUAUAAGCCCCUUUCAUGUCCUCUUCAUGCCCCCCAUCAGUCACUUCCCCUCCCAAUCCUAAUUUCUAAUGUGUUAUAUAUGUAGGACCAUACACUAUAUGUGUUUUGCGUCUGACCUCUUUCAUCCAGCAUUGUAUUUGAGAUUCAUCUGUAUGGUUCGGCAUAGUUGUAGAUAUGGACUAUAUAAUUUUAAAGAAUCACUCAAGUAGCUUAUUUGUUGGAGACUGGUAAUGGUUAAAUGUUCUCUCCUAGUGAUUAUGCAUAAGUAUCUUGAGGAUAUGUACCUGAACCAUUUUGUGACCAACCCCAAUAUAUUCCUUACUAAUUUGUACCUAGUACUUACAUAAUUUAUUAUCUGAUUAUAUUUCAACCUAUUCCACUGAAAGACAUCUAGUAGAGGAUAGUCCAAGAAGCUAAAAAUUAGAGUAUAGCUUUUUAAUGAUUGUCGCCUUUUAUUCUUCCUCCCUCCCUCCCUCUUUCCUUCCUUCAUUUCCUCCUUCCUUCUUCUCUUCCUCUCCUUCCUUCCUUUUAUUUUACUUUUUAAUCUGAAAUAAUUUUAGAUUUAAAGUUGCAAAAAUAGUUCUGAGGGUUCUCGUAUGUCCUUUACCUAGCUUCCCUUAAUGUUAACAUGUUGUACAACCUUAGUACAAUUAUCAAAGUUAGGAAGUUAACAUUGAUAGAAUACUAUUAACUAAAUUACAGAUCUUAUUUUAAUUUUACCAAGUCUUCCACUUUUCUAAGUGUCCUUUUUCUGUUCCAGGAUCCAAUUCAGGAUUCCACAUUGUGUUUAGUCAUUAUGUCUUCCAUUUUAAUUUGUAACAUAGCACUGUUCCUUUAUUGAACAUAGGGAGUAGCAAGUCUGGUCUUAUUGGUGUGAAGAGUCAGUUAACUAAGAUUGCCUACAAAUUUCCACCUUUUCUGCAGUGCUUACUACAGUUGCUCUUCUCACAGGACUCGUAUAUAAAUGUUUUCAUCAGUAGUUUAAUUUGUAGUUCUUAAGUGGGGGAUGGGGCAGGCCCAGGGUAGGAGGGGCAGGUAAUCACUGGUACUUAGAGGAUGAAAGCUUCAUAUAUUCCCUCUAAAACUCAUUUUUGGAUCCCUGAUUUAGAUGGAAACCUCACGGCGUGGUUAUGUUCAGAUGACAUUAAAUCAAGGAAGUGAUAGCCAUUGUGGAUGACAGCAUUUAUAAAUUUAACUGAAACAAAUACAGAAAUCAAGAAAUUGGAAGAACUUAUAUGUAAAUUCAGGGAGGUUGAAACCUAGGUUGACUAGGUAUAGUAAAAAAAAAAAAAAAAAAAAACAUAGUUAUGUGUGUUAAUGGCAUUUUGUAGUAUUGGUUAGCAAGUGACAGCGCUGCCACAAAAACUAAUGUGAUUUUAAGUGAUGUUUCUAGAACUAGAGUAAGAAAUGAUGGUGACUAAUCUGUUGUACUCCAUUUCUGCAGAACAGUUGUUCUAAAUACAAAACUAACUAGAAAACCAAAUUUCUUUAUACUCUACUUGCAUAUCCAGGGGUAUUUCAACAGGCAGGCCUGAGUGAGCUUACUUAAAAGUAAACAGAUCCCUUGGGAAAUGGUCUUGCCAUCACUAGAAAUAAUAAAACUAUCUUCCUGUCUGUUAACCAGGGAUGCUGAUUUUAAGUGAAAUUUAAUUUUAGUUACAUUUAAAAUGCCUACUCUGGAGUUUUAUUUCCCCAACUUUUCUAAAUGGAAGAGAAAAGAGGUAAGUACAAGCAUUGGAAUUGAACUCCUUUACUUCUGUUUUGUUAUUAUUGGCUGUGUUUAUCAGUAAACCUGAAAGAGCUGUGUAUUUGCUUAAGGAAUGGAAGGCUAGCAAACUAUUCUGCUCUUUUAGGAAAGAAUUCCAUGUCAGAGGCAGUAAAUGUUGGUCUGAAUGGAGAAACCAGUGGAGCUUCCCUCAGAAGAAAAUGAGUGACAGUAAG